CCGGAUGCUGGCGGUUGCUACGGCAACAAGAAUCCCAUGCAAACCGUCUCCAGGCGCCUCGGUGGUGGUUUGCCGUUGAGGCCACUGAAUGGCAGUGGAGAUGCGGGAUAUGCCAGCCUGAGGCCUGUAUCCAAACGAGGUGGUCUGCCUCCUUUCGUAGUAAAAUUGGCCGUUGAGGAAAGAAGUAUAGUAAGCUUGAACAUAGUGGUGGCAGAAGCAAUAUCUAAGCUCCAGAGGUACCUGUCAUACCUCGAACACAUCUCCUGAGAGAGGAUGGAGGAAGACAGCGAUGCGGCUCAACCUGUGGAGGGGACGCAAGCAUCAGAAGAUGGAGCUGAGGCUGAAGAGCCGGCCGGGAAAGUGACUCUCGAGGGGACAGACCUGCCAGACGAAGGGGCCCACUAUUCCACCGAGCCCUCAGAAGCAACUCGAGGUGGAGAGGGUCCAGAGGAAACCGUGCAGGAGACUGAAACGAGCACCUCGCUAAGCCUUCCAGAACCUUCUAAAGAGGCUACUGACGUUGAUUCAUCCACCAAGGAAACUGCGAAAGAGGAGGGAGAAGCCACGGCCCCACCUCAAGAUGGCAAGGCAUCAGCCGAGAAGCUGCAUGAAGCACCGUCCGACGGAGGAAUGACCGAAGGGGAGGCGCCUGGAGAAAAAGCGAGCAAAGAGAAGGAUCACAAGCCCAAAGAGGCUGAAGAAAGAGACCCAACGGAACCGGGAGAAGCCCAAGAAAAGAGCCGAUCUCCAGGACCAGGAAUGAUGACGGCCUCGGCAGAGGAAGCCCGUUGUCUCAAACACCAAGAGCACGAGGGAAGAAGCCAAGGUGAGCUUGCUUCUUUGCGAGCUCCGAGCACCACCGGCGAAGGAGGUCUGAGUCGUCCGAUUGAGGAGGUUGUCCAUGGUGGAGAAAGGCAAGCGGUAGCCCUCCGGAGCCAAGAACCACUUAGCGAGGACGAACGAUCCAGUCGAGAAACGGCUGGGAAAACAAGCCGAGGAGGAAGAAGUCUCUCCAAAAGUGAAGCUGCCCUCAGCAGUACGACUCCCGCUGAGGAGGAGGAAUCGGAGUCGGUGGUGUCUUCUGCUCUGCCGGGAAUGAUCUUUGAAGAGGAGGACAGGCCGCUUUCUGAACACCCUCUUAGUUUGUGUUGGGUCUUCGGCUACAACAGCAAGCUCCCUGUUUUCAACCUGCUGGACGAGGACUUCAGAGUGAUCCUGUACGUUUCUGGUCACACGGCUGUGAUCCAUGACAUCCUCAGGAACAGGCAGUAUCUCCUCCAGGGACAUUCAAGUUGUAUCUCCUGCAUCUGUGUAAGCGAUGACCGGCGCUGGGUCGUGACAGCUGACCGGGGCCCGGACAGCCUGGUGAUCGUUUGGGACAGCUACUCUGCGGUUCCUGUGCACACAAUCUUCGAUAGUCACCCAGAAGGUGGUGUCAGCGCCGUUGCGAUUUCCCGUGAUUCCAAGUUUCUGGCUACAGUCGGAGCUGGGGAAGUGCAGAAAAUUAGCAUUUGGAGGUGGACUUCCCCUGACACAAGCCCGGUUUGCAGUGUAGAGAUCCUGCCCCAGUAUGGGUUUCAGGAUUAUGUUGUAUUUAACUCUAAAGACCAUCAAGAAUUGAUGAGCAACAGUGAAACUCAGGUCGUCUUCUAUAAGUGGGACUCCAGUGUUUUGCGCUACCAGGCUCCCCUCCUAACAGAGAAGACCUUCGACAAGGUUGUGGGCAGCUUCAGCCAGUCCCUCUUCCACUUCAGCGCCCCCCAAGCGAUGACAGCAACGAUGGAAGGCAAGCUGGUGGUCUGGGAGCCCGUGGGCCCUCCUCCCCGAGCUCCUGCUGCAUCGGCGAAGCCUUACAACAUGAAAGCCGUCAAGCUGGUCCACUUGCAGAAAGACGGCAUCACGGCCCUCGCCGUCAUGGACCAGAAUUUCGUGACUUGUGACGUCAAAGGCCAUGUGAAAUUCUACGAUGGCGAUCUGCAGCUUCUCCACUGGUACAGCCAGUUUAAAAUCGGGGCCAUCCGGUCCAUCUCUUUCUCUAAGAAUCCCGCCUGCCCCCAGGACGUCACAAAAUUUCCUACCUCCUGCACCUUGUCGGGACUUCCCUUCGUGGUUAGGAAUUUCAUUCUUGCCACAACCGAUGCGUUAGUGAUCCACGUCAAGACGGAGGGGAUGACCAUCAGCAAGUGCCUGGAGGAGCCCAAAGGCGCCGUCCAUGCCAUCGACUGCCAUCCGAGAAAACCUCUCAUGGCUAAAGGGAGUUCCUGUGGGCUUCUGAAAGUAUGGAACUACAAGCUUAAUAAAUACCUCGUCAGCAGAAUCUUUAAAGGCCAGAGUAUUCGGAGCCUCUGCUAUAACCAUGACGGCUCCUUACUGGCGGUCGGCUUCACGGAUGGAACCCUUCGCAUCCUUGAUUCCAUCUCUUUGGAAGAAGAGUGCACAGAACCUUUUGAUUACUCAAGAGGACCCAUCACCUUGAUGAGCUUCUCACACAACUCCCAGUAUCUUGCCACGGCAGAUGAAAACAUUUCAGUGAACCUUUACAAGCAAAUCCUCGUAGAGAGACGGAAAGUCUGGGAGAGGCUGGCGGCGCUUCACGCCCACUACAAGCCCAUCCGCACGAUUCUGUUUGGGGUACACCUGGACAGCCAUGAACCCCGGCUCCUGAGUCUUGGAGAGGACAGGCUGUUGGUGGAAUAUGACCUGCAAAACAGUGUCAAAGAUGAGCUGGUCAUUCUCCGAAAGGACCGCAUUGAGCAGAGCGCCGUCCCCAAGUCUAUCACCUGGUACCCGCCUCUCACCAUGGAGCAUUUCUUCCUCACCGCUAACGAUCAGUAUAAAAUGAAAAUGUAUAAUGCGACCACCAAGUUGUGCAGAAAGACUGUUUUGGGUCCAGCGUAUGGCUCCCCGCUGGAGAAGAUGCUCGUUCUCCCUGUAUCCCCGGGUCACGAUCCUCAGAAACGGUAUCUGGCCUACAUGACAAAGGAUAAGGUUGGCUUGCAGAUCUUGCCCAUUGAUGGGAACCCACACAAGUCCUCGGCAUUCAUUUGCCACCCCGCAGGCGUCUCCAACCUUGCCUGCUCCUUUGAUGGACACUACCUCUUCACUGCAGGGGGUAAUGACUUAACAGUGAUGAAGUGGGACAUUAAUCUAAGUGCUUUGGAAGCCGCUGUCUUUCUCGGCGGCACAGAACUGACCCCGUUCUAUAACCUCCUGGAUGGGGGCAGAGAAGGCGACUUUUUCAAGGAGCUAGAAGACUAUUUCUAUUACGCUCAGCUGUGCCAUCAAGGGAUUGACACCAUGGAGCCCAGAAAGGUCUCAACCCACAUUCCCUUGGAACAGAUUCCUUUUGUCAUGAGGGCCAUGGGUUUUUACCCGUCCGAGGAACAGAUUGAAGACAUGUUAAACGAAGUCAAGUUCAGCGAGUACUUGGAGAGUGGGAAGCAAGUGACAGACAUCAACUUAGGGGACUUUAUCAAACUUUAUGUGAACCAUCGUCCUGCGUUUGGGCUGGCCGCAAAAGAGAUAGAGAACGCCUUCCGAAUCCUGGGCUACGAGAACGAGAACCACCAACUGACCAUUCACAGGGAUGACCUACUGUUGCUGCUUCAGCACAGAGGAGAGCAUCUGACGGAGGAUGAACUGGCAGAGCAUCUCACGACUCUGCUGGGCGUAAAUCCAGAAGGGGGUCGCUCUGAGGCUGGCACCUACGAUCCCACAGGUGCAGACGCGUUUAUUGAGGAAGAAAUUCCAGAGGAAAUCACAGCAGCCCAUUUCACAACGGAAAUUCUCGGCUUGCCUGUUCCUGAACCGACGUCGACGGAGGGAGAAACGACCCAUGAGCCCACGAGCAGCAAUCCGUCGUCAGAAUCCUAAAGGCCUCUGACGGUUCUCAUCCAUUUCCCCCCUUGAUUUGCUGUAGCUACUUUAUUUUUCCG